GCAGAAUGGGGAAGCAGAAUAGCAAACUGGCCCCAGAAGUGAUGGAGGACCUGGUGAAGAGCACAGAGUUUAAUGAGCAUGAGCUCAAACAAUGGUACAAGGGAUUUCUCAAGGACUGUCCAAGUGGGAGACUGAAUCUGGAGGAAUUUCAGCAGCUCUACGUGAAGUUCUUCCCUUAUGGCGAUGCCUCCAAAUUUGCCCAGCAUGCAUUCCGAACCUUUGACAAGAAUGGGGAUGGCACCAUUGAUUUCCGAGAGUUCAUCUGCGCCCUGUCCAUCACCUCCAGAGGCAGCUUUGAGCAGAAGCUGAACUGGGCCUUCAACAUGUAUGACCUGGAUGGCGACGGCAAGAUCACACGAGUGGAGAUGCUGGAAAUCAUCGAGGCCAUCUACAAAAUGGUGGGCACUGUGAUCAUGAUGAAAAUGAAUGAGGAUGGCCUCACACCUGAACAGCGAGUAGACAAGAUUUUCAGCAAGAUGGAUAAGAACAAAGAUGACCAGAUUACAUUGGAUGAAUUCAAAGAAGCUGCGAAGAGUGACCCUUCCAUUGUAUUACUUCUGCAGUGUGACAUUCAGAAAUGAGCUGAUGUCAGCACUAUGGACAGCACAAAAGUCUCAAUGUUCCAUUCAGUCUGCAGCUAUUUACACACACACACACACACACACACACUAUUGCUUGGACUACCUAAAAAUGGACUUGCUUCUUGUGUUUGAAACACUUGUGUGCAUGAGAAUGUCAUUUGCUAAUGAAUUUUAAAAGCAUCUGUUAUAAAACAAA